GAGGAGAAGAUGCCGGAAUUGAGGAUUUUUGAUACUAAAACGGUGGAGACGGGGGAGAUUGAGAGGUUUGAUUUGGGGGGGGAAAGUGGGGGGAGUGGGGGUGGGGGGGCGGGGGGGAAGAAGGAGAGUUCGGGGGAUUUGUUUGAUCGGUUACUUAAGAGGAGUGUUGUGGGGGUAGAGGGGGAGGGGACUGAGGAAGUGGGGGAUGAGGGGGACGAGGGGGGUGAAGAACAUGAGAAAACCCCCCCUGAAACGGGGGACGAAGGGGGUGUGCCUGACGACCCUCCAGAAGAAGAACCAGUAACCAUGGAAACCGAGUCGGUCGCCAUGGAAACCCCAGAAACGACUGAAAACACGGAAGAAAUCGACACGGAAGCGUUGCUAUUGGCAACCAUGCCCCCUGUUUUGCCGCCCCCUUUGACGGACCACGCCCACCAAAAUUACAGUGAAACGUUAGAAGAAGAAGAAAUGAUGGAGGAAGAAACCGCACCCCCUUCUGUGACCACACCCCCAACACCCGAAGAAACCACACCCACUUCUCCACCCUCCCCACCCACACCCCCACCUCCCCCACAAACCCCCCUAGCAACCAUCCCGCAAAAACCCACGGCAACGAUAAAACCGCAGCAAAUCACCAUGGAAACGGUUUUAGAAUCUCAAGAUUCCUCGAAAAUCCUCGAACUGACCACGCCCCUCAUCGAAACGGACAAUGUCGUUCACUUGGUCCCUGUGGAGAACGCGGACGGGAGCAUAACUUACAUGCUUCUGAGUUUAAAUGGGGGGAACGAGCUGAGGGUCAAUGUGGGGGCGGGUGAUUCAGAAGCCACCCCCACCGGGAGAGAUCUCUCCACCCUGGAAGCGAUAAUCCUCGAUAAGCCGAUGGACAUGGGGAGCAUUUUAUCGAUGGAACAAGGAAGUGUUGCUGCUGACGAACAAGUUGAAGGCUUUUCCACUGCAACCAUCACCACGGCAACAACACCAUCAUCAAGCGAAGGUCGUCAUGGUGAUUCUUGGUCUAAUCCACUAUAAAUAUGUGUAUAAAUAAAAAUUUUUAGAAAGUUUACACA